GAUGUGUGCCACUGCUUUUCAGUAGAUCAGCUGAACUGAUCUCACCAUGUUUAUCCACUGUAAACUGGUAAUACUGAUACUCGUGCUGACUCUUGAUGGCCAAGUUCAUACAGGGGAAAUCUAUGGGGGUCAUGAGGCUGUGCCACAUAGCAGGCCAUACAUGGUGCUUUUGGUGCGGCACAUGCCGGAUGGUACUACAAGACACUGUGGUGGCUUCCUUCUGAAUGAGGAUUUUGUGAUGACUGCAGCCCACUGCCAAAAUGGAUCAGUUUACAGGAAAUGUAUUAGACAACAGGCACAUGUGAGCACUAGGGAAAUUUUAAUUGAUAUUUCAACUUCAUAUUUGUGUUUUUUUUUUUUUUAUCCGUUUCUGUUCCUCAUGUUGAGCUCCAAGGCAAAAUUCAGCAAAAAUGUGAGACCAAUUGUUCUCGCAGGCCAGGAUGAUGGUUCUCUCCCAAAGUCAUGUAUAGUCUCUGGUUGGGGAAGUUAUGACAAUGAGAAAUUAGUAGUAGAAGUACUCAUGGAAGUCAAUGUAACACUCAUUGACAGUGAGCAUUAUCGUAAGCACAACUUGUACUGCUCUGAGGGAUAGACCAGACCGGGUGAGGUAUGUACAUUUUUCUGACAUAACAUUGACAACAUAUGUUGGUCAACCAUAGUAAUUAAUUCAGAGUUGAUGAAAUCACUGCAUACUGUGUAUGUACUUCCAGGGAGACUUGGUCUGUGAAGAUGGGGAGGCAUAUGCGGUGGUGUCCUUCACCACACAAUACCCAAAUGGCCAGCAAACCUUUAGUCAGAUUCCUGACUAUAGAAGCUGGAUCAGUUUGAUUAUGAGCACUAGUGGAAAGCGCUACUAGAUCUAUCACUUACUUGAUCAAAUCACAAUAUUUGAAUUUACUGUUUGUGUAACAUUGGAGGGCUAAUAAUGGAGAAUAAUUCCACAGCAAUGCUUCAUUACUUCAUCUUCAACUAUGUUUCCAGGUUAUACAAAUGAUAAUUUUGUUUGGUGCGUUGACUCAAAAUAUUUUUCUGCAGCAGGGGGCUACGGACAUCACUAAUUACACUUUUUGUUAAUAAACAUUUAUUACAAAUGUAAAUCAAGCACAUGCAGGUUUUUUAAGGCUAGACUUUAACAAGCCAAUCAUGGCCAAAAAUGAAGUAUGGCUAUAAAUCAGAAGUCUUAUUGUAGACUUAAUUUUUAAAUGGGAUAUGAAGUUAGAUACAGUAUAUCAUCUGUUCUUAUAUUCAAUAUUAUAUACAUUACAUACAUUACUGCUUUGUGUGUCUUCCUACCAUCUUUUUAAAUAAUAAACUAUUGCUCUCUCACGAUGUUCUCAGUACCUCUGUUCACUCAUCUUUGAGUGUGAAUUUAUUCAACAAAAAGACAACACUGCCUCCUUGUGAAAAAAGUGUAAUGAUGCAGCAAAAAUAGGUCCACUGGCCACUUCUACAAGUCAGAACUGAUGUUUUCCUCUCUUUUAUAAGCUCUAAACCUUUUCAAUUUGGCAAAGAGUGGUCAAAGUGGACACUAAAAGCCUUUUUCUUAAUUUUCUAAUUAUACAUUACGUUUUGUUUUCUGUUUUAGAGAUUGUUUAGGCAUUAAAUAAGGCCGCCUUCCUUUAUUACUGUCACGAUCGGUGGUGUGG